AUGGGCGCGAUAAAACGAAAAGCAGACCAGGGGAGCACCCCCGCGAAGAAGGAGAGGAGCGCCCCGCAAGACCGAUCUGUGAAGCGCCAGCGCAAAUCCGACGCCGCAGAGAACCCGCCGCCCGCCAAAGCGAAGCCUGAAAUCUCAACGCAGAAAAGCAUUUUCAAGGACGAAGAAAAGUCGUUCCCGCGAGGAGGAGCUAGCGUUCUGACGCCUCUGGAGCACAAGCAAAUUCAGAUCAGGGCGAACCAGGAUGUUCUUUUCGAGCAAGCCGGAACUAAGAAGCGUGGCGGAGACGAUGGUUUGAGUGACGAGGGCUCCGACAUGGGCGGGGGUGAGGACGCGCCGACAAAAUCCAAGAAGCGGAAAUCGAAGAAGAACAAGACUGCGCUUGGCGAGGAGGAGCAAGUUCAGAAGAUCAAGGCUGAGGGCUUGACCUUCAAGAAUCUUGCAAUUGGAACACUUGUGCUAGGACAGAUCAUUGAUGUUACCGCACAAGACAUCGCGCUCGCCCUUCCCAACGGCCUCGUGGGAUACGUACCCAUCACUGCAAUAUCCGACAAGCUCAAUGAGAGAAUAGAAAAGCUGCUCAAAGAGAACGAGGAACUAGAGGACGUGGAAGACGACGAGGAUGACUUUGAAGAUGUCGACCUGAGGACUAUGUUCACUGUUGGACAGUACCUGCGAGCAUGCGUGACUUCACUUUCCGAAGACGCGGCCCCUGGCGAGUUUACCGGGAAGCGCAAGCUAGAGCUGUCCAUUCAUCCCAAGGCUGUGAACCGAGGCCUUGUCAAGUCGAACGUGGUGGAGAACCUCAUGCUUCAAGUCUCUGUCAUCAGCAAUGAAGACCAUGGGCUGGUCAUGGACUUGGGUCUAGACGAACAGAAUCUGAAGGGUUUCUUGGGAAAGAAAGAGUUGGGUGCGUCUAUCGAUCAUGCGAAGGUCCAGGAAGGUGCCGUGUUCCUGUGCCUGGUCUCUGGCGUCAACCCCGAUGGCAGGAUCGUAAAGCUCCUAGCAGAUCAAAAUCAAGCAGGAAACCUGAAGAAGGGGCAUACGCUGACGGAUGCGCCCACCAUCGAUGUUUUCCUUCCCGGAACCGCCGUCGAGCUACUCAUCACUGAGCUAUCGCCAAACACCAUCAUUGGCAAGGUGCUGGGGCUUGUUGAAGCAACCGCGGAUACCAUCCACUCUGGCGCCGCAGAGAAAGCGACGGAUCUUACCGAGAAGUACAACGCUGGAAUGAAGGUCAAAGCCAGGAUCAUCUCCGUGACGGAAGAGGAUGACGUGAAGAAACUUGGAGUUUCGCUCGUAGAUCAUGUCUUGGCUCUGUCAACUCGUAUGUCCGGAAAAGCAAAAGAAAGGAAGAGCCCUCUGGAUGUCGUCCCGCUAUCGUCCAUUGUUGAGGAAGCAAAGGUCACGAAGGUUGUGCCGAUGCUUGGAGUUUUCUUCAACAUUGGUCCCCGUGAUGUUGCUGGUUUCGCCCCUCUGAACAGACUUGCAGAUGAAAGAGUCGAGAUGCCAAUGGAGGGCUCCGGUCCUUUUCAAUUGGCAUCUACGCACAAGGCUCGUGUCAUCGGCUUCAGCGCUUUUGAUGGUAUGUACCGACUGUCUCUCGAAGAGAAAGUGAUUUCACAGCCUUUCCUUCGCAUUGACGAGAUCAAGGUUGGGCAGGUGGUCAAGGGCAAGGUCCAGAAGCUGUUCGCGGACAGAGACGGAUCCACUGCCCUCCUUGUGCACCUAGCAGAAGGUAUUAAUGCAGCCGUUUCGGAGAUUCACUUGGCCGACACCCACCUUCAACAUCCUGAGCGGAAGUUCCGCGAGAAUGCGCCAAUCACCGCGAGAGUGUUGUACGUGGAUGUGCAGAAGCAUCAGGUGCGGUUGACGCUGAAGAAGUCUCUUGUCAAUUCCGAUGUGAAGCCAUGGUCAGACUACUCCCAGCUUUCUGUUGGUGCUACCGGUCCUGGAACAUUAGUCAAUGUCAAACCUGCCGGGGCGCUGGUCCAUUUUUACGGUAGCCUGAGAGCCUGGCUUCCUGCGGCUGAGAUGAGCGAGGCCUACAUCCAAGAUGCGACGCGACAUUUCACCAGGGGACAGGUGGUCAACGUUCGCGUCAUAUCCAUCAAGCCAGAAGAGAACCGAAUAUUAGUUUCAUGCAAGGAUCCUGCAGCUGUGAACGCGGACAAAGAAACGAAGUUCAACGAGCUGGCAAUUGGCGACAUUGUCAAGGGCACAGUGGAAGAGAAGGGAGCAGACUCCAUUAUCGUUGACCUUGAAGGCGGCGUCAAAGGCACGCUCAGGAUCGGUCAUCUCACGGAUGGCUCUGAGAAGAAAGACCAAGCGACGAUGGCACGCGUUCGUGUUGGAGGACCACUCGACGAUCUGAUUGUCCUCCAAAAGCACCGCAAGUCGAGGACUGUUAUUCUGUCCAACAAGCCAAGCCUCCGCAAAGAUGCGCAAGCACAGAAACUUAUCACCAAGAUUGAAGAUAUCAAAGCUGGCGCUACCGUGCAUGGCUUUGUUCGUGCCAUUGACCCUGAUAAAGUGUUCGUGGAAUUUGCCAAUGGUGUCAGCGGUCCUAUCUUUAAGUCAUCACUUUUGGAAGACAUGCUCUCGAAACCAAUUUUCGGUCUGCGAAAGGACCAGUCCAUCACAGCCCGUGUCAGUCACGUUGAUAUGGACAAGAAGCGGCUCUGGCUCUCUUUAAAGCCAGCAGAAUCAGUUGAACCGAAGAAACAGCUGGCUUCGUCGGCUAUAGUUGCGGUCAAUCCUGUGGAUGAGAACAUCAAGUCGACUGCUGACAUCGAGUUUGGCACCAAGCUUGCUGUACGUGUUCGCUCGCCGAAGCCGACUCAGAUCAAUGUCAGGAUUGCCGAUAAUGUUGAUGGCCGCAUACAUAUUUCGGAGCUCUUCAGCAGCUGGGAUGAAAUUAUUGACAAAAAACACCCUCAUCUGCAAUUCCAGACUGGACAAACCCUUCAAGUCACCACGGUCGGUAUGCACGACGCAAAGAACUACCGCUUCCUUCCCAUCAGUCAUCGUCAAGGCAAGAACAGCAUUUACGAGCUCACGACGAAGAACGACAUCAAAGGCGAGGAUGACUUGUUAACGCUCGAGAAGAUCCAAAAGGGAGAUUCCUUUGUCGCGUUUGUGAACAACCACAAUGAUCGAUCCGUCUGGGUCAAUGUUUCCGCUACUAUCCGUGGACGCAUUGAUUUCUUUGAGCUCACAGAAGAUCUCAAUUUGCUGGGAGAUGUCGAGGAGAACUUCCCCGUUGGUUCAGCGCUUCGAGUGCGGGUCAAGGAUAUUGACGUCGGCAAGAACCGCUUGGACUUCACCGCUGUGUCCAGUGACUCUGUUAAGUCACUUACAUUAAAAGACUUGAAGGCUGGGUUGAUACUACCUGCUCGUGUGACGAAGCUUCACGAAUCACAUAUCGUCGUCCAGAUCAACGAGAACGUCGCCGGACCAAUCUUCCUGGAGCAACUAGCCGACGACUACGACCAGGCUAAGCCUUCCGAGUUCAAAGUAGGUGACGUUAUUCGUGUCUGCGUCACCCAUGUGGAUCCUGCAAACAAGAAGAUUAGCCUAUCUGCGCGACCAUCGAAGGUCCUCAGUUCCUCGUUGCCUGUCAAAGACCCGGAAAUUAAGUCCAGGAAUGAUCUCAAUGUCGGCCAAAUCGUUCGAGGCUUCAUUAAGAGAGUCGACGAGAAGGCCAUCUACGUUCGCCUGGGUCCCAAUGUUGACGCUAUGGUCUCGGUAGGACAUCUCAGUGACCAGUAUGUCAAGAAUUGGCGAGAAAAGUUCCAAGUGGAUCAAAUGGUCAGAGGAAAGAUCACGGCAAACGACGACCAGCAAAGGAAUCCGCUCAUGAGCUUGAAGAAGUCGGUCAUCGAGGGCGACUAUGUUGCACCUCUCAACUUCCAGGACAUCAAGAAAGGCCAAAUCGUCACUGCAACCGUACGACAUGUUGCAGACUACGGUGUUUUCCUCGUUAUCGACAAGUCGCGGAACGUCAGUGGGCUGUGCCACGUCUCCAAGAUGGCUGAUAAGGGUAUAGAGAAGGGCAAAGUCAAGGAUCUUUACAAGGAGGGCGACGCCGUGAAAGCCAAGGUCUUGACGGUCAACCCUACACAGAGAAAGGUCACAUUCAGUUUGAAAUACUCUGAUGUUGCGGGCAAGAGGGACAAUGAGGACGAGGAUAUGGAAGAUGCCUCCGAUGUUUCUGCUGAGGAACUUGGGUCAGCGGAUGAAGAGGAUGAUGAUGACGAGGACGAGGAUAUGCGAAGUGUCAAGAGCGUUGAGGAGGAUGAGGUGGAUGAUGUUGAUAUGGAAGCCGAUUCCGAUGACGAUGAUGAAUAUACCAUAGCCAAGCCUGCUACAGGCUUGAGCACCACUGGCUUCGACUGGACCGGCGCCACGCUUGAUCUCGACGACCAAAAGGCAGCUUCUGACGAUGAGUCCGAAGACGGCGCAUCAAAGAAGAAGAGGAGGCACAAGAAAGCAACCAUCAAAGAGGACCGCACUGGCGACCUCGACGCUUUUGGGCCCCAAUCCGUAGCCGACUACGAGCGUCUCCUCCUCGGACAGCCCAACAACGCGGAACUCUGGGUCCGUUACAUGGUCUUCCAACGCGAGCUCAAUGAGAUCGAAAAGGCACGGCAGAUCGCUCGUCGCGCCCUCGCCACCAUGAACCAACGCGAAGAAAAAGAGAGACUGGACGUAUGGACCGCACUUCUCCAUCUCGAGAACGACUUCAGCAGCGACGACCUCAUCGACGAGACGUUCAAGGAGGCUUGCCAGAACAACGACUCGCGCGAAGUCCACGAGCGCAUGAUCAAGAUCUACAUCUCAUCCGGAAAACUCGACAAAGCAGACAACCUCUACCAGUCUAUGAUGAAGAACAAGUCCUUCACGCCCGACCCCGCCUUUUGGCUCUCCUACGCUACCUUCCUCUUCUCAACACUCAAACCCUCAUCUCCGACCCGGGCACGCGCUCUCCUCUCUCGCGCCACCCAGAGCGUCCCCUCUUCCCAGCACCGCUACCUUACGCAGAAGUUCGCAGCGCUGGAAUUCAAGCAUGGUGACCCCGAGCGCGGUCGCACUAUCUUCGAGGGCCUCGUCACCACGUGGCCGAAGAAGUGGGAUAUCUGGGAUGUGUAUGCCGCGCUAGAACUUAGCCACGGUGGCGAGGAGAAUGUCAGGGAUAUUUUCGAGCGCAUGAGCAAGGCGGAUAUGAAGAAGAGGCGCGCGGAUACGGUUUUCAAGCGAUGGAGGGAGUGGGAGGUCUCAAAGGGUGGGGAUGCUAAGAGGGUAGAUAAGGCGGAGAGGGAGUGGAUUGAGAAGAAGGCGGAGAAGGAUGAGAAGGAUGAGGAGUAG